AUGAAGUCAUCGCAGGCCAAAACAGUUCUUACAAUUCCUCCACGAGAAAAAAAAGUUGUCAAAUUUGAUGAAGAUAAAUUAGUUGUCGGUCUUCCACCACCACUUCCACUUCCAUAUCAAGAUCCUUCAUUAAUUGACAAAAAAAAAUUUGUGGAGAAGGAGGUAGAAGAUGUAGAAAGUUUGGAAGACUAUUUCUAUUUCUCGAAUGCGGUUGAUGAUCCUUCAAAGGUUCUAAGUUGGCAUCAUCGCGAGAAAAUUCAUGUUACAGGUAGGAAAAGUCAAGAUAUUGAAAAGGCUAUUCAAAGACUCAAGACAUUGGAACAAAUCUAUCUUCGGCCUGAGUUCAGACCAAAAAGAGUUCCACUUGUACAUUAUCCGCAACAAGAUGUCCAUUUCAAAUUAUAUUUUAUUCCGUUGAAAACUCAUGGAUAUUUUAAAAUGAUGGUUAAAUCACACAUAGGUCAAAACGUAUAUUUGCUUAUACCUGCUAUCCUGGACCCUGAAACUGGCAAAUAUAAAAUAAUCCGUCCACAAGAAAUUGACUCUAUAAAUGUAAAUAAUGGAAUCAAAAAAAACACAGAACAAAUAAAUAAACCAGCUGUUCCAUUAAAUAAUGAUAAUUCAAAUCAAUCAUCGCCAUAUUUUUUUCCAACAUCUACAACAUCAACUCCAACAAUGACAACAUUACCAGUAUCAAUGUCAGCAUCUCUUAAAGGAAAAAAUAAAGUUAUAAAUAGUAAUGAUCAUCAAUCACCACCAUUGUCAUUAAAUAAUGAAAUUUAUAAUUGGCCACAAAUUCCAUUACCACCAGAGUCUCAUUGGGAUGAUGGAUUUGAACAAAGUUCUCGGUCACAAUUUCCUGAUUUACCAAACACAUCAUCAAAAAGUCAAUUUAUCGACACCACUACUAGAAGAGGUAUGAACAAUGUCAAUAAUAAUAAUAAACCAUCUAUAUCUGAAUUGAGAAAGCAACGAUCUCAAUAUACUGAAGCAAAUACCACAAGUCAACCUUCCACUUCUUCCUCCUCUGUCUCUUCCUAUGCUCAAACCAGUUCUGUUGGAACAAUUCCAUGGAAUACUAAAACUCAAAACACCAACUUUCAAAUUUCAAAAGAAUCUAGAAGACGUACUGAUACUUUUGAUGAAAAACCAUAUAAAGAAGAUAUGGAUUUUAAGACUAAAAAAAUUGUUUUGCAAAAAAGUCCUGAACAAACUUAUUCUUCAAAUCCAUCAAAUAUCACACCUGGAAAAAUGGUUAGAGAUUAUAAUUUUGCUCGAAUGAAAGAAGCAUUAGUUGAAGGAAUAGAGCACGUUCGGGCAUUUAAAGGUGAAAUUCGGUUUUCGGGAAGAUUGGGGAAAGUUUUAUUUUCUAACGUUCCACCACAAGUUUCAUCGAGACUUUGGGAAUUUAAUGAAUUAAAAGAUAUUAUUAAAGAAAAAUGUGUUCGAACAAACUUUACUGAUAUUGCAACUCAUGAAGAAAUCCUUUAUAAUGGAUUUACUGAAGUACUUGGCAAUAAAGCAUACUACACGAGUCAGUAUUUUGAAAUUGAUGCAGAUGCUAGAAAUUCGCCAUAUAAUGAAUAUAUCCCUGUAACCAUGUAUAUUAGUAUGAAUUAUGUUUCAUUAGAAAAAGUUAUGAUGCAAUGGAAUCGUGUAGUAGAUGUCGAAUGGACUGUUUUGAAUCGUAUUUCUACAAGAAAAUCACUUCGACAUGAUGUCAAACCAUUUAAUACGUUUAUAAAAAAAGCAUCAGUUAGUCCAACAACUCGCGUGAUUACAUAUGAGAAUGUGCCCGAUUUUUUGGAAGUCAAACAAGUUAAACAUGUCACUGUCAACAAAUACAAAUUACAUUUUCCUUUCAUAGCUGAAGUUAAUCGUGUUGAAAUAUUACCUCUUAAUCCACAAAAAAAUUCUAAAAAAAUACAGGGUAAAACUGGUUUUGGAACAUCAUUGUAUUAUACUAUCGAGAUUUACAAUAGUGAUCACAGAAAUAUGUUUUCUAAGAAUCCAAGUCUUGCUACAGGGACAAUUGCAAGUUGGACAGUCAGUAAUAUUCUUGGUGAAGAUCCGGACUAUUUAAUUAUGGUUGAGUUCGUUAAAACCAUGUUAUUGUUGGUAGAAAGAUGCAAUAAAGUUGCAGAUGAUAAAUUAAAAGAAUUGUUAGAUCAAUUCCAAAACAAUCCUUAA